AUGACGGCCAGAUGCAAUGGGAAGGAUAUGCAAGGCACGGUCGUAGUGGUCGACAGCUUGGGACCGUCGUUAUGUGGCAGAGACACAAUCAAGGCUGUCAAUGAAAUCGGAGUGCCCAUGCUGACAAACGUCGUCGCGAGCGUGCAACCGAUCAAGUUCAACGGACCCAACACGGGACUAGAUGCCCUACUCGGCGAAUAUGCUGACGUCUUUGCUCGAGGUCUCGGAUUAUGCAAGGGACCUCUGGUGACAUUCCAGUUGCAAGAAAACGUGGCUCCACGGUUUUUCAAGGCCCGGACUGUACCUUACGCCUUGAGGGACAAGAUGUCGGAUGCGCUGGAUCAGCUAGUAGCCCAAGACGUCCUCACGCCUGUGAAAACCGCCGAGUGGGCAACACCAGUCGUACCCGUUCUAAAGAAGGAGGGGUCGCUCAGAAUUUGCGGAGAUUUUCGGAUGACGAUCAAUGCGGCCACUGCGACGGAGCAGUACCCGUUGCCACGAGUGCAGGACAUUUUUGCGAAACUGAAUGGCGGGGAAGUUUUCACGACGUUGGACCUGCGCCAGGCCUACAACCAGCUACCAUUGGAUGAGCACGCUCAGAAGAUAGCAGUCUUGAACACUCAAAAAGGUCUUUUUUGUUUUAAACGGCUGCCUUUUGGCGUAAGUUCGGCAUCGGCCGUGUUUCAGAGACGCAUGGACGCGCUUUUGAGCGAUAUUCCAGGAGUACAGGUGUAUCUGGAUGAUAUUAUCGUCGCGGAAAAGCGAAGUGACAUGUCACGGCUGCGGAAAGACCUUCAGAGAUUGCGAGAAUAUGGUGUACGGUUGCACAAGGAAAAAUGCAAAUUUCGGCAAGCCGAGGUCACCUUUCUCGGCCAUCGUAUCGACGCUAAAGGACUGCGGCCAAAAGACGAGAGCAUCAAGGCCGUUCGCGAAGCCCCCAGAGCCCACUUGGUGAGUGAGCUCAAAGCAUUUUUAGGUCUUGUGAACUAUUACGGCAAAUUCUUGCCGAGCCUGGCGACCGUGCUCGCUCCGCUAUACGCCCUUCUCGCCAAAGGUGCCAAGUGGCAGUGCGAGAAGGAACACAAAGAAUCUUUUCGGAAAGUUAAGGAGGCAAUGGAGGACUCCCAGUUUUUGGCCCAUUUUGAUCCUGAAAUGCCGUUGAGGCUGGAGUGUGAUGCGUCACCAGUAGGUAUUGGAGCCGUUUUGUCUCACCGUGUCAAUGGCGUUGCUUACCCAAUUGGUGUCCGCUCCAGGAAGCUUACAAGGGCAGAAUGUAAUUACUCGCAGUUGGAAAAAGAGGCUCUGGCACUCGUGUUCGUGGUUGCCCGAUUCAAGGACUACUUGUACGGACAUCAGUUUGUCCUGGUGACUGGCCAGAAACCACUUACUGGUUUAUUAAAUCCAAAAAAGGCGAUACCCCCGAUGGCAGCCGCCCGAAUUCAGCGUUGGGCUUUGUUUCUCGCUAAAUACAGCUAUACGGUGCAGUAUCGUAAAGGCAGUGACCAUUCAAAGGCAGAUGCCCUCAGCCGAUUGCCACUGCCUGCUUCAGAUCCACGAGAAGGCCAUUCCGACGAACGGGAGUACGUUUUGUUCGCCCAAGCGAUGGAGGAAACGGCGAUAUGCGCCCGAGAGGUGAAACAAAUGACUGAUCGAGACACCACUCUCCAGCAGGUCAAAGAAAGGAUUUUAGCGGGAUGGCCGCUGUUUCGACCCCAGAAUCACAAGCAGUACCGGCCGUACUUCAACAGAAGGAUGGAACUGACCGCUUCCGCGAUGCCACCUGUCCAGGUACCUGCGACAUGGCCAGCGACCGGGGAAGGUUGGAGCCAUCUGCAAGCUGAUUUUGCAGGUCCGGUGGACGGACACAUGGUCUUGGUCAUCGUAGACUCGGAAACGAAAUGGAUCGAAGCGGUGCUAAUGAAGAUUGCCACGUCUGAAACCACGGUCAGAGCCCUGAGGUCAAUAUUUGCACGGUUUGGGCUUCCAAAAACGUUCGUGUCUGACAAUGGACCUCACUUUGUGAGCGGUUUUUUUCGCGAGUUCUUGGCCCGUAACAAGGUGCAGCAACUAACAACAGUACCCUAUCAUCCCCAAUCUAAUGGGUACCGCCGAACACCCGGGCAGGAUGGCAAAUCACCGGCUGAACGUUUGCUGGGUUACCAGAUUAGGACGAAGAUAGACAACAUUAAGCCGAAAGAAAAGUAUGCUGAUGGUUUGCCAGCAGAAGCUACGAGAAAAUUUAAUGCAGGGGAACCGGUGUGGGAGCGCACUUUUGGAAGAAGUCGAAGGUGGAUUCCAGGAGUAGUGCACGACCAAAAAGGUUCUAGGAUGGUCACCGUGGAUUGUGCUCAAGGACGGCACCGACGGCAUCUAGAUCAGCUAAGACGUCGAGCUGAAUCGGUGGACAGUGACCUUGGCCAGAAAAACAAGCAGGAGCCAGCCGAAGAGACUGGGGAAAAUGUGCAAGACAGCCCGGAAGAAACAGCGGCGGAAUCACCACCACCGCUCGUGCGAAGAUCGACCCGGCCACGGAAACCACCAUAA